AGUCAGGAUCCGCGCGUUCUUCACGUUGCUUUAUCGUGCAAAUCUAACGGACACAAUGCAAUCACUAGCGGCGCGGAAAAUGUUUGCAUUUUAACGAACUUUUUUUACACAGGCUUUUGCACUUUCACCGUGCUCGCAGUAGUACAGGAAUUAGCAUAACAUUAUGAAGUGAUCGGUAUCGGUAGAAAGAUGUGAGCUAGUGAAGUGAUAAGCUAAGAAUAACAAUGGAGGGACAUUCUCACAACCAGCCAACAUCUGCUGAAUCAAGCUCUGUUGUAAAGCCAGUUCCGCUGUACUAUUAUGUAGACCAGUUUGAGAGGUUGUAUCAGCAGAGCCCAAUGGCCAAGCUGUUCCGGCAGGAAUUAACACAGCCACCGACACCAAAGGGGCACAUCCCUCAGGAAGGUCGGAGCAAACACUCUGCGAAGGCUAAAGGCUUCAAGCUACCCACCAUCUCUACCAAGGAAAGACCUACUGUCACUCAUGAGGUCUUAGAUUCUCGUCCGAAAGGCGAAGAAGGGAUGGAACUCAAAGUACAAGCUGGAACUGAAUCGUGGAAUGGAUUCGGAGAGUGUGUUCUGAGUAGGACAAGCGAUGAGAGUCGUAACACCUCUGGGAUGUCUGAAUCUAAUGUAACUAUUGGUGACGGUACUGCCUCUGAUUCUUCUCUCAACCAGGUGGAAGACCAAGUUGGCAAGAUGCCUCAGCUUUCCCCUCAGCCCAGGCUGCUGAGCCCUUCAGGACAAGACGAGGACAGAUUGAGGAAGAGGAAGCCCACACCAAACCUGCACAACCUGAUCAAGAGGCUUAAAUCCCCUGACAAGGCUGGCGCCUCAGCCCCCUCCGAAUCCAAAAUGCCUACUAGGAGUUGUAGUACUAAAGCAACCAGAGUCACAGAUCUGGAGGAGACGGAUGGAAACGGAGUGAGUCUCUCAGAUAUCACCCCACGAAUCAAGGAGAUAAAUGACGAAGGGCAGGACCCCUGUGAUGUGGAUAGAACCAAUCUGGAGUUGACAGCUGGCUCUGGACUUUCAAGCAGGACUAGUAGGAGGUCAAGCUAUGAGCCUGACACAGAAGGGAUGUCCCUUCCAUCGUUAAAAGAAACACCGAUUCCUGGUAUCUCGGGCAAUAAGAGGAAGUGCGUGCCACAACGGCGACUUCUGCAAGAGCUCCGUCUGGCCAACAACCAGGAUCGUGGCCAUCACUCCCCAAGGGCAUCGGAGCGGAAUAUGCCGUACCGAAUGCGACGUGCCGACAUCCGCCCUAGUAAUGAGAAACCUGUAAACUCUGAUACCAGCUGCCAAGAGCUAGAGGUCACUCCCAAAAGUAGCUCAGAAUUUCAGGUCCGUCCAUCAGACAGAGAGGUCGCGUUGUCUGAAGAGACUCCAGUCAAUCAGGGAUCAGGCCGGAGGAAGACCAGGUCCAAGGGGAGCAAGCUUGAUGUCGGGAAAUUAAUCAGGAGCUUACAGGCAGGGCAGGAGAAGACUGGCGAAGAUACCCCUAGGUCAGCAAUAUCUUACAAGGGUACAGUGGACAGUAAUAUCCUCAAGAACAACAAAACUGAGCAUCGUGAGGAGCCAUCAUCACCAAUGGCUGCGGUAGAAUCAGUCGAUGUGGAGAACGGAGGUGAUAAAGAAGAAGUGAGGGAGGCAGAGAAAAAAGAACUGAUCCUAGAGAAAGACAUCAACGAAAUCAAAGCCAUGGAAAAUGACCCAGCAGACGGUGUGGCACACAGAGACUCUACUGUAACAGAGCAAGAAAGUAGGAGGUUAACCCGUAGACAGGCAGAGAAACUGACCAACAAGCUGGCAGUGCAGAAAGAGCAGGAGGACAAACUUAAAGAGGAAGAGCCGAUUCGUCAUGAACCCUCAGAAGUUGCCAAGAAACAGGACACAAUCAUCAACAGAUGGAUAAUCAAGCCUGUUCCGUUCUGUAAAGGAGUGUGUGUGGAGGGUCACAGGGUUGGUGAUAAAGAGGACCAGUUUUGGCACAGCACCGCCAUCAUGGUGCGCAUCAACCCACGUCUCCUGGCAACCAAGUCUGGUGCCCUCUAUCGAUUGGCCGGCAAAAUGGAUCGGGCACUUACCAUGGAGCAAGGCUUUUCAGAAUCGUUGAUACGAAGUUUCCAAAAAGGCUUUCCUGAUAACUGGAGAGAUUUGCUGUUUGAUCAUUACACUAACGAAGAAAAGAAAAAAGCCGAGAUGAAAUCGAGCAAAUCUCCACGGACGAAGGAGCGCCUCAAAGUGACCCCAGUACCCAGCCAUGCGGAACCUACUGUCCCCGACUCCAUGCGGAAGGCAAAGAAAAAGAAUCAAGUCGAACUUACUCCUCAGAAUCUGCGAGUGAAGGACCUACAGCGUUCCAGCAGUGGCCGCUUGAUCAAGCCCCCCUUGGCCUACUGGACAGGGCAGCGCAUCCGUCAUAACACCUCCCUGGACUUUGUGGAGAUUCUGCUCGGCACGGAGGAUUGCACCUCUUCAUCCGUUAACCAGAUCAGCCUGCAGGACUCCCUAGAACUCAGACCUAGAGACAAGAGGGCGAUCAAACGUACUUCAAACACCAGUAAGCUCCAAGUGGCAUCUGCGGUAAAGAAGCACAGACUGCAGCAGCGAAAGGACGACAGUGAUGUUGACGAGGAAAGCUCAUCAUGCCCUGAGCCAGAAAGCCAGACAGACAGGGGGGAAAGUCAAAAUGGCCGUGGUAUCAAGUGGUCAGCAUCGAAGACAAAGGCCAAACGUUCCCAAGAGGCUGUGACAGUGAGACAGGACGGGAAGGGAAGAUUCAGGCCGAAGGCAACAACCACAGACUCCUCUGAGAACGUAGAUGUCACUGGAGGAAAGGUCUUAGCCUCCAAGAUUGGCACUGAUAACAAGCCUUCAGUCUUUCCACUGAGGGGAAAGUCCAGGUAUCAACAGAGGAGCAGAAGAAAUGGACGAGAAGAACCAAGGAUGGAAGGUUCUGUGGACACCUGUAGCUCCGAUUAUCCUGGUGCAGCAACUGACGACACAGCCUCCACAAGCUCUACAAAGCCUGUUGAGUGUCCAGAGGGCAAUGUAAACCAUGAGAGGGAGGUGGUACGCCCUUCACGUCACCAUCGAGGCAGUAAGCAGCCACCCACUCCGAAAAAAGACAGAGCUAGAAGGGAAAUAGAGAGGGCAUCCUCUCGACCUCAGAGAAAUGCAUCAGUUUCACCUCUUUAUUAUCAAUUCAGCCCCCAGUCAGAAGACGAAGGUUCCCUGCCAGGGGGCCAACCUGCCGUCGGAAAAACUCCCUCUAGUAAUCGAAAUAGUACUGGUGAGGCCAGCAGCAGCACUUUGGGCCCCUCCUCCUCGGACCCUCAGCAAAACAGUGAGAGCCCAGGAACAGACGUCAUGAAUGUGGAGCCAGAAGGAAAGAUGUCAUCUGAGAGGGGUUGGUCAAGGGGGGCUGUUGAAACAUUGAACCUUCAGAAGGAGAUCCUGGCAGUCGUUGAGAAGCACAAGCAAGGCAGGAUGGCCCGAAUGAGAGAGCGGACCUUGAGACUCUCGGCAUCAUCUGACAGGGAACGGUCCAACGCUGGGAGGUUGCCGAGCACAUCUGACGUCUAUGAGCUAAGCGAUGAUGAGGGGGAACCUAUUCCAAAGAGGAUUCCUUAUGUUCCCAAAGGAGCGUCCACCAACACCACCACAGGAGAGUCUGUCAGCAACUGGAGCGAAGAAGGAGAUAAGAGUGUCAACAUGACGUGGGUGACCAGAACCAAACCCUACCGGAGGAUCCACGGAACCCUUGAAGAUCCCCAAUAUCUUACCGAUGAAACCACCACCACAGAAACAACCACCACCACCACCACUGGAGAAACUGACAACAUAGUCAAUCCUGUAAGCUCUGACAGAGAAACGACCCUCACAGAGACUUCUGACGACGAGGAUGUCUCAAAUUUACCCACAAGAAGGCAGAAAAAGUCACUCAGUACUCGUUUGAAAAGUAAAAGAACCAGGCAGGGCCACAAACCAGUCCUUGACCAGACAUCAGAUGAUGAACAAGUCAUACAAUCCCAGAAACCUGUCUCUGGUCGGAGCUCGAAGAGAACAACGUACAGACAGGCACCUCAGGAGGCCUCAUCUGAAGACACAGACAACACACCCAGAGCCCCAGACAAAGCAGUUUCCUUGAGGUUGCAGGCCUCAUCUGGAGACACAGACGAGACGAUUAAAGCCGGGGAGGAAACCUCCCGGAGGGGACGAAGCAAGAAAGCCAUCGUCAUCCAGAGGCAUCAGCCCAAGAGGAACUGUAAGAAGAGUGGAAGCGAAUCAGAUACAAAUAAUCCUCUCCAAGAGGUAGAAAACACAGGGAACCACAGAAGACCUGAACCAGUACUGGUACCUCUCCCAAGGAAGGACAUCCCAAAGCAAAUCCAGAGCAUAACAUCUAAACGCAGCAUAAAAAGGAAUCAAGACGACAACAGAAAAUGGAAAGGCGAUUCUGACAUAACACCAAAAGCUUCUCAAGGUGUGCGAGCUUCAAAUUCUAAGACGUAUGAAGUAGAGGAGAAACAAAUUAGAGAGACACCCAGAAGGGAGGUGAAUGGGAAGUCAGAGUUCAGGGAUGCGGAGAGAGACAUGCGUCUGACUCAGGAACGAGUUCCUCCUCAGUGUGCCACAAAGUCGAGUGCAACCAAGCCCUCCAAACAGCAGUCCAAGCAACAGGAGAACCAGGCACAGACCGCCGUUGCACUGACAGCCAAGGUUGGUACAAUGAAGCGCAAACGACAACUGCGGGAGCUUGUAGAGCAGCACAGCCGGGGCUACGAAGAUGACAUCUUUGACUCCACUCCCUUCAAGAAGCAGAAGAAACUCAAGAUUCCACUCGGUGAGUGGGACACAGAGGAAGAAAGCCAGGAGGGCCAACCAGGCAAGACACCCGGCUCGGCGCGAUUCAAGACACCUAGUGUCCGCUAUCAAGGGGUGCUGCCCCUGUCGGAUAAGAAGACCCCUUACUCCAACCUCAUCAGCCCUGGUCUGCUGCCCUCUGUGGACAGGAAACACAUUGAUCAGUACAUACAUGGCCUUCAGAAGAAGAAGAAAGGUCGUGGCCUAACGCAAAGACCUUACACAGCCAAACAGCCCACCACCGUUGGAAGGGGUACAGCCAAAUCUGGCAGUGCAUCACUAACCCAAGCCAUGGGGGACAAGGCUGCAGAUAUGUUCGACGUCACCCCAGUAUCGGACUCAGACCCGGAUGAAGAUCGUGAUUAUUACUGGUCAGAUGAGGACCACUGACAUCUGCUGUGUUGAGUUUGUCGUUUGGUUGCCGUGUACCAAAAUAUAGUCUAUGCAGAUAGCUACAACUGGAACUUCCAUUAUUUUUAACAUUUAAGGGUAAUUAUGUUGAACGAAUGCUUAAACAAAUUUGAAAUGUGUAUUUCAGGAAAAUUUAAGUAUGUAGCCUUUCUGUUAUAGCAUUUUUAAAUUGUGAGAACUUUUGGAGGUGACACAAAAUCUGUUUGACCCAAGCAUAUCCAGUCACACUUUAAUUUCCUUUGUAACUAGCAAUAAGCAAUAAGUUAGCCCUGGUGUUUUUGGUUAUGUUUCUUCGUUAUUUUCAGUUGUCAUGUUUGUUCAGGCUGUUUGGCCUCCCGAAAUUAUAUUAGUCAUGUUAGUUGCUUUUUUUUUGGAUAACAUGAAACAUUUUUAAUAAUUGUACAUGAAUUUAAUCCCUAGGAAUCAUUAGUGUUGUAAUAUUUUACUGUCUUUGUUUUGUCAGUGGCAAAUAUUCUGCUCCAUGUAAAUGAAAAAAAAAAGUUAUACACUUACUCUUUAACCUGUCUUAUUCCUAUUUUUUUUCCCCUGGGUCACUUGGGUUUAAAGAAAAAACAAAAAUGGUUAGAUUUUAUGGUUUGUUUUUCUAAUUGUAGCGAUCUAUUUGUUUUAGUUGAGACUUCCAUUGAAGUCAGUCACAAGUCAGCCACAAGUCAGACACAAGUCGGUCAAAAGUCAGUCAUAAGUCGGACACAAGUCGGUCAAAAGUCAGGCACGUGUCAUCACAAGUCAGUCACAAGUACUUGUAACUGACUCAUGUCUGAUAUGUGACUGACUUUCAAUGACUCAAGUCGGUCACAUGUCGGCAACAAUUCAGUCACAUGCCAGUCACAAGUCAGUCACAAAUCAGUCACAGGUUGGUCACAAAUCAGUCACGCUUAGUCAGUCACACGUCAGCCAAAAGUCGUCCAGUCUCAGGGUGACCAGCUGUUGAAGGAAUUGUGAUAAAAAAAAGCCUUUUAUCAGGCAUGCAACUUUUCCUCGGAUUCGAUGAUUUCCUCGUUUUUUACUUCUCCUGAAUGCCAUUAAACAUUGAAAACUCUGUACAUGUACAAAGUCUUGUGUGGUUUGGAGUUUCCUCGUUUUCUCAAAAUUCCCAGUUGCAUGCCUGUUUUAUUUGUGACCGGAUUUGUGAUUGACUCGAUAACGACUCUGCCGGUUACCCAUUUUUACAAAAACAAGCCGAUUAGGGCAGUUUAAAAUAGCAGUUUAUACAGGUACAUGUACAUGUAUUCACAUCACUUGCAAUAAACUAGCAUAGCAUUUGACAUUACUUCUUCAAGUUUUGAUAAGUUUUUAAUGUAACAAGCAAUAAACAGAUGAUGGGACAUUGAGAGAUUUUGAUUGCCCUUUGACAGAUCAUAAUGAAAAGGAAAUGAGAAGGAAUUUGGACUAAAUCGUUCUUGAAAAUUUUGACUUCUUUUCGGGAGCUAGGUUGACAAAUGGGAGAUAUCCAAUGAUAUUCCAGGACUAAGCAGUUAUUCUCCAUUGGAAAUUUGACCGUUUUGCUCAAAUAAAUGUCAUAUUAGAUGAAGAAUCUGA